ACCAGCUCGGGCGAAGGGCAAGACGGUGGCCGAGAAGGCUCCGGGAGGUGGACGGUGGCCGAGAAGGACCGGCAUGGAGCACCUGGAGCGCUGUGCGUGGUUUCUCCGCGGGACGCUGGUGAGGGCGUCGGUGCGGCGCCACCUGCCCUGGGCGCUGGUGGCCGCCAUGCUGACGGGCUCGGUCGUCAAGGAGCUGUCCCCGCUGCCCGAGAGCUACCUCAGCAACAAGCGCAACGUCCUCAACGUGUAUUUUGUUAAAUUGGCCUGGGCCUGGACAGUCUGUCUCCUCCUGCCUUUCAUUGUCCUCACCAACUACCACCUGACAGGCAAGACCAGCCUGGUCCUGCGGCGGUUGAGCACCCUCCUCGUGGGCACAGCCAUCUGGUAUAUCUGCACAGCUCUGUUCUCCAACAUCGAGCACUACACGGGCAGCUGCUACCAUUCUCCAGCCCUGGAGGGCAUCAGACAGGAGCAUCGCAGCAAGCAGCAGUGCCACCGGGAAGGGGGCUUCUGGCAUGGCUUUGACAUCUCGGGCCACUCCUUCCUCCUGACCUUCUGUGCGCUCAUGAUCGUGGAGGAGAUGGCCGUGCUGCACGAGGUGAAGACGGACCGCAGCCACCAUCUCCACGCUGCCAUCACCACCCUGGUUGUCGCCCUGGGUGUCCUGACCUUCAUCUGGGUGUGGAUGUUUCUGUGCACGGCCGUUUAUUUCCAUGACUUGACCCAGAAAGUGUUCGGCACCAUGUUUGGUUUGUUGGGCUGGUACGGGACAUAUGGGUAUUGGUAUCUGAAGUCUUUCUCGCCAGGACUUCCUCCCCAGAGCUGUAGUUUGACUUCGAAGCGAGAUACUUAGAAGAAAUGAAAGAGAAGGACGUAGGGACAGGAGGACAAUGGCUAAUAGGAUUCCCACCUACUUUGUCCAGUGACUGGCUGACUUAUCUGUCCCAUUUCAGAGAGGACCCUUAUUUUAUAUCUUUGGAGUAGGGGACGUCUGGGGAACAAGCUUAGCCGUCAGACUCUGCUGGUGGUCCCACCACGUUGCCAGCAGCGCUAUUCCUGUCAGAUUCUUCUCAUCUCUGGCAAGAUGUGACCUUAAUCUGUCCCCAGAGGGAGAACUAAGGCUCAGCAGAGGGAGAGCAGGCUGCCUCAUCGCGUGGGUCAAGGGAAAAGCAGGGCUUCAGGACUUUCUGCCGUGGUCUCCCGGCUCUGCUUCUCUUGAGAGUUUAGAGGCCAUGGUAAUGCUGUUCUUCUAACAGCCUUCCCCACGCUGACUCUGAGAUAAGCCUUUGUCUCUGGCAGGUUCUUUGUUAAAUUCCCCAAUGCCUCAAGGACACUCUCUGCCUGUAGCAUCUGUGUCCUCUUUGGAAUGUUGACAUUGCACCUGGCUGUGAUUCCCAACAGGGGCCCAUGACCCCACAGUGCCUGGAUGGAUGUCGUUGUUGUUGUUGUUGUUGUUGUUGUUGCUGCUUCUCUGUGUAGCCCUGUGUGUUCUGGAACUCACCCUGUAGACCAGGCUGGCCUCAGACUCAGAGAUCUGCCUGCCUCUGCCUCUGCCUCCCGAGUGCUGGAUUAAUGGUGUGUCCACUACGGCCCAGCCUGGCACUUGGAUGUUUUUUUUCUCUGUCCACACUUCACACUUGUGUAUCGCUGUGUGUUGGGAUUUGGAGCAGUAACAGAGAACCCCAUUUUCUCUCUUCUCUCCUGAGUGACUGCCCUAUGGUUUUAAUCAUUACUACUCUAUUUGUUCUCUGUUGGCAAAGCUCCAGUGUCACCCACACCUUAGCAUGUGAAAAUUGUUUUGAGGGGUUUUUGGGUUUUUUUUUAGAACACUAAUUUUUUAUAUAAACCAAAUUCUUGGCUUGUCAUAUGAAGUCGCACCUCCUAGGAACGUUCCCUUUCUUAGGAAUAUAACUGGAGGCCGGGGCAUGGGGCUGCACACCUCUAACCCAGCACCGGGAAGGCAGAGGCAGGCAGAGCUCUGUGAGGUUGAGGUUGCCUUGCCGAGGCCACGUUGUGAGACCCUGACUCAAGGAAAAAAGAAGGAAGGAAGGAAUAAAACUGGAAAGCGGACUUGUAUUAUUCAGUGAACUUUAAGCUGAGACAGUAAUUCAGUGUUCAUUUGUUCGGAGGCUUUCCUGCCCACCGACUGGUGACAGAGACAGAAUAGGGUUUGGAGACCUCAUAGGACCAUAGGACAAGUGCCACAACCUAAGGGAUUUUUAUCUUUGGAGAUUAUGAUAAUUUAGAAGUGAGAUCAAAUGUUUCCCUCAGAUGCAGGAAGCCAGCCAGCAUGCAAAGACACCUGUAUUACACACUGCCACCAUGCAAAAUCAGCCAUAUUACAUCGCACCAUGGCUUUGGCCCUGCCUCUUUUCUUCAGCUCACAGACAGAACAACCCUAGGAGGGGGUGCUCAACAGCCAUUAGAGUCUUUCUUUGCAGCACUUCCUGGCUUCCAGCCAUGGCAUUCUGUGGCGUUCACUGUGACUGUUAGGAUAAGAAGUCUUGUCACCCACGUCCCAUGUGGCAGGCUUCCAGUCUGAUGAGAAGGGCCCUGUCCUCCCCCCGGUGAUCUCCUUAAGCCAGCACAGCUGAGUCCUGGCCUUUUGGAUGAUGAUCCUUGAAGCUGCUUUGAUGCCUCCUCCCUAGCAGAGCUGGCUAAUGACAUUACCUGAUAAGCUUUGGCCCUGACUGGCCUGACUCAAGCUCAGGUUGUCAGGCGCUUAGUAAAUUAAGAGAUAUCUCUUUCCUUUUCUUUUAAUUUUAGUAUUUUUAAAUUUAAUUUAAUCUUUUGAGUCAGGGCCUUACUAUUCAGUCCUGGCUGGCCUGGAACUCACUGUGGAGACCAGCCUGGUCUCAGACUCACAGAGAACUACCAGCCUGCCUCAGUUUCCUAAGUGCUGGGGUUAAAGGUAUAUAUACUAAGAUCAAAGCCACCACAUCUGGCUACUAAUUAAAAUAUAAUAAUCUAUUUAAAAUAUGUAUUUUAUAUCCUGUUGAGCUACAGGUCAACUUGACCAAUUAUCAUUUAAGAUGUAAGAUGUUGUCAACAAAGGGGAAGAAAGGCAGGCAGAAAGGAGUCCCCAUGAUGUUUUGCUGUGUUGACAGUGGACUGAAAGGGUAUCUGACCUCCUGGGAGUGUCCAUCUAUCUCCCCAUGGUAGCAAUGGGCCUGGGGAUGAUGGUAGGGCUGGUUCCCAGGUAAAGUCUCUCAAGCUGCAUGUUCACAACAGAAGGGGGCAGACACAGGAUGCGGCCAGAGGCUCAUUUGUCAUACUGGGGCUCUGGGCAUUUCCCUCACGUGUUCUGACCAGGUUUAACAUUGAAUCGACAACAUGUGGGAAUUCUCAGUUGCUCAUCGUCCUCUGCAUAUCAGAUGGAUGAAAUCACAUAUGCUUUAUACUUGAUACUCCUCCCUCUCUGCUCUGGGUGGGGUGGUGGGGUGGAGCCCAGGGUUCUGAGCCACACCCCAGGUUCCUCAGAGCCCUCGCCUUCUCAGGAGCGUGCCUCUCCUCCCCGUGUGAGGAGGCGUGGCAUGGGUGAGUAGGCUUGGGCAGCCAUGAGGUGCAGGUGUGAACGUUGGCAUCUCUCCCAAACCACCUGACCACUGUGCAAGCCCUUGUUGGCCUUGUCAGUAAAAUGGAGGCGAUUCUUUGAGAACUGAAAGGAAAUCACAUGUAAGAUGCUGAGCACGUGUGCUCCAUAGGUCAUCAUCUUCUCAACUUUCUUCUGACAGUAUUUAGAGUGUUCUGGCUCCUUUAGAGAAAUCACUCAGAGCCUGGGUAGCUUAUGGAAGUAGUCUCAUGUCAUCUUUCCAAGUGUCCGUUGUCCCUUGGUGGUAAACUCCAGGCUUUGGGAGCAUCUGACUAGUCACGCCAUGCAUUCUGCUUCCCUGCAUGGAGGUUUGUUCACUAGCUUCCACGUGCAUCCGUCAGCUCUCUGGGUACCAGACUGCAUUCGGAGAAUAGCUCGUACCACUGUUACCUACGCACAGUCCCUGUGUAAACUAAGCAAAUUAAAGGGCACUGGAGAUAAUGGAGUCCA